AUGGCAUCUACCAUGAGCAACAAGCGUCAACGCGUAGAACCUCCCACCCAAUACCAACACGACCUGCCUUUCGGAUAUCCCCAAACCCUUUCUCAACAGCCCCAACAUUUCCAACAAUUCCAACAACAUCAAGCACCGGCAAUAGAAAUCAACGUAACCAAUUGCACAAGAACACCCGAAGAAACCGGAUGGGUCGUCAACUCGGUACACAAACUGGACGAGACCACUUUACGCAAACUCGUGAUCCUAUCCGCCUUGAGCCAUCAAGACAUGUAUAUUGCCCUAUGGAACGAAUUGCAACAAAUCGAAUACGCCCGAACGAUGAGACAGCAGGAAGAAUUACAAGCUCAACAAGACCAACUAGCCAAAGAGAACGCACAAAUCAUCGACUUUCGCUCAAAUGUCAAUCAAGUCGACUACGUUAUCAAUGAAAAAUGGUCUAGAUUGAGGGGCUCGAAACAAUACGACAAAGCAGGAGAUGCAGCGGAAUUGGUGAAUGAUGAAAUCACCGAGAUCGUGGGAUCGGUCGCACCGCACAGUAACUCCACGACCAAGAUAAACGCCAUCCUGGCACUCUGUGAUAUCGGUAGUAUCGUGGCUGCGGGUGGCGAUUGUAUUGGCGCUGAAGUACGGAAACAAGUCGGCUAUGAUGAAGAGCUGGUGAAUGCCUUAUGGACAAUCGUAGAGACCAUGUCUGCUGGAGACAAGAUGGCCAUGACAGCCGAAGACAUUCAACUUCUUGAAGCCUUUGACAAGGAGAGAAAGGGGUAUUGUGUCUUUGAUGGCUUUGACGAAGUGCUUGAACAUUUCAAGAAGGCUAUCGAAGAUACCUCGAGUGUUGAAUCUGAUGACGAUGACGAUUAUGGCGAUAUUGAUGAGCAAGCUUUGCUCAACAAGUCUGAUGCCAUCGAGGGAACGGCUUCUCAGCCUAUUACUCUGUGA